UUACGGAUUGGCACACCAGGAGAAUCAGAGAGAAGCGGAUCCUUGUUUUCUGUCUUUGGAAUCAGCAUAUCACGAGCAAUCAACUGGAAAAAUAAACAAGAACAUCAAAAGCUAUCUCUGCAUCGACUGGUUGGAAUUAACUGAUACAUUUCCAUCGGGGAUUUCAGUGACACUUCUUCAAGGGGAACCUUUUACUGGGGAUUACUUUACACUAAAACGUUAUUUCUUCCAACAACUGACACCUCUUGCGGGAAAACAGAGGGACAUAAGACAGAGGCUCUACAGGAAAAGUCCAACUUCAUCUUUACCCUUGCGCAUAAAAACUCACCUUGACUGUGACACAACGGAGAGCUUCUUAAACUUUCUCCAUGUGUGUUUGAAUAGUUCUACACGGACCUGUGGAGCUUUUUUUGAGGAGCUGUCAACACAAUGGGACGCCUAUGUCUGCUCCUGGCUCUCAGUCUCUCACUGCUCACCUGCCAGGUUCAGUGCUCCGGUAUGUUUGAGCUGAAGCUGCAGGAGUUUCUCAACAAGAAGGGUAUAGCGGGGAACGCCAACUGCUGCCCAGGAGGCUCUGCGCAUCCGCAGGCCCACCAAUGCGAGUGCAAGACCUUUUUUCGGAUCUGUCUGAAGCACUACCAGGCCAGCGUUUCCCCCGAGCCCCCCUGCACAUAUGGCGGAACUGUGACUCCCGUCCUUGGCUCGAACUCCUUCCAGGUGCCGGAGACCAAUGCGGAUACUUUCACCAACCCAAUCCGCUUUUCUUUCGGCUUCACAUGGCCAGGGACGUUUUCACUGAUCAUUGAAGCUUUGCACACUGACUCCCUGGACGACCUGACAACAGACAACCCGGACCGUUUGAUCAGCAGGAUCACCACUCAGCGCCACCUUGCUGUGGGAGAAGAAUGGUCCAAGGAUAUGCAGACAGUCGGCAGGACAGAGCUGCGCUACUCCUACCGCUUCCUGUGCGAUGAGCACUACUACGGCGAUGGCUGCUCUGUCUUCUGCCGGCCCAGAGAUGAUGCUUUUGGACACUUCACCUGUGGCGAGCGUGGAGAGAUCAUAUGCAACUCUGGCUGGAAGGGCCAGUAUUGCACUGAGCCAAUCUGCCUUCCUGGAUGUGAUGAGGAACAUGGCUUCUGUGAUAAACCAGGAGAGUGCAAGUGUCGCGUGGGCUUCAGUGGGCGUUACUGUGAUGACUGCAUCCGUUACCCAGGCUGUCUCCAUGGCACCUGCCAACAACCUUGGCAGUGCAACUGCCAGGAGGGAUGGGGUGGACUCUUUUGCAACCAGGAUCUGAACUACUGUACACACCACAAACCUUGUCUUAAUGGAGCCACCUGUACCAACACCGGUCAAGGCAGCUACACUUGUUCCUGUCCACCUGGAUUCACAGGUGCCAGCUGUGAGAUCCAAGUCAGUGAAUGUUCUGGAAAUCCCUGUCGCAACGGAGGCAGCUGCACUGAUGGAGACAGUGGCUACAAGUGCACCUGCCCACCUGGUUUCUAUGGCAACAACUGUGAGUUAAGCGCCAAUACCUGUGCGGAUGGUCCCUGCUUUAAUGGUGGACGUUGUGUGGACAACCCUGAAGGUGGCUACUUCUGUCAGUGCCCAAUGGGAUAUGCUGGCUUCAACUGUGAGAAGAAAAUCGACCAUUGCUCCUCCAGCCCAUGUUUAAAUGGUGCAGAAUGUGUGGAUCUGGUGAACUCUUACGUCUGUCAGUGUCCUGAGGGAUUUUCAGGUCCUAACUGUGAGAUUAGCAGCACCUUUUCUGGAUACUGUCAGUCCUUUCCUUGUCAGAAUGGUGGUACAUGUCAGGAGGGAGUGACUGGCUACACCUGUACUUGCCCUCCAGGCUACACUGACAAAAACUGCAGCUCCCCCAUCUCUCGCUGCCAUCACAACCCCUGCCACAACGGGGCCACCUGCCAUGAGCGUGGUGGUCGCUAUGUGUGUGCCUGUGUGCCCGGCUAUGGUGGUCAUAACUGCCAGUUCCUUUUACCAGAGGUUCCCCGGGGUUCCCAGCCAGUUGUAGAAGGACCAGAUCGUCGAUAUUCUUCCUCAGAAAGUGGGAAUACUGAAGGUGAAGUUGAUGAUGACCUUGAAUUCCCUUGGACGGCUGUGUGUGCCGGUGUCUUCCUCGUUCUUGUGAUCCUGAUUGGCUGCUCUGUGCUGGUGGUGUAUAUUCGGGUGAAAUUGCAGGACCGACACAGUCACCACAGUGAUAGUGUCCACAGCGACAGCCAUGAGACCAUGAAUAACCUGACAACCACCAAUAAUUGUCUUCGUAGCGAAAAGGAACUAUGCUCUGUGAUGACAACAUCAAUUAAAAACACCAACAAGAAGGCAGAUUACCAUUCUGACCUGACCGGUUCUCUUGGUGGUCUGAGUGGAAUCAGUGGGCUUAAUGGAUCAGAGAAGAACGGCUUUAAGACUCGCUACCCCAGUGUGGAGUACAACCUGGUCCACGAACUGAGGCCUGAGGAGCUGUCGCUGUGUAAAGAGGAGGAGCCCAAUGAGCCAGAGGCCAAAUGUGAAGUGUUGGAUGAGUCCGACACAGAGGAAGGAUUUCGGAAGAGACAAAACAGCAAUGCAUCAGAAAAGAAACAAGGGGCAGAGUCACCAAGCUGCAGCGAAGCAAAAUACCAGUCAUCCUCGGAUUUAAACUGUCACGCAGCAAGCGAGCUGAAAUACCAGUCAACAAGUGAUGUGAAAUUCCAGUCAACCAGUGAUAUUGAAUACCACAGUCCCAGUGACAGCCGGUAUCCAUGUACCACUGAUACCAAAUACCAGUCUAUCUAUGUCAUAUCAGACCAGAAAGAUGAAUGUAUCAUUGCUACAGAGGUAUGAUACUGGUUUCCUGUGGCUGAUGGCGAUUCAUACGCACCAACCCUGAGCAGUAGAGCUCAGCUUGUUUCCGGGGGGUUUUACUCCCGCUGUUUGCUGCUGUUCCCUGGGAUUUCUCAGAGGACUUUGAGCCAAGGUGCUGAUGAGCCAGUUAGUGUCUACUUGGCAAGGACUGAGUACUACAGUAGUACUACGGGUGAUUUCUGGAUAUUUUUGUCGCUGGAUGGAGGCAGAUCUUUGGCUGACUCAGUGCUAUGGACGAAGCGCUAGAAGACAGUGUUAGCACUCAUAUGGACUUGUACAUAAAUAGUGCUGACUGAGAACUCACACAGUCACAAAAGUCUGCUGGCAAACUGAUGAAGACCUCAUUUGAUGUUUUCCACAGCACUGAAAGAUUUGCAGCUCAUAACAGAAUGAACUCUUCUCUCCUGAUAAAGCAGGAGCAUUGACUUGGAAGUCGACUGAUGAUGUUGUACCAUGGCGUACUGAUUGAAUGAGCAGUAAAGUACCUUAAGAGUACUGAGAACUUUUCAAGUGUUGUUGUAGUACUGUAAUGUGCUGUGGUUUUACAUUGCUGUGUAAAAUCUGUUAUGGAUGUUGAAUAUUGUUCAUGUUCUGUGCAGUGCUGCAGAGUAGUGUGUGGAGCUGUAGCAACAUGAGGAGUCCCUGUCCUGCUGUAGUCUGCUCAUUUUUACGAAAUCAUUCAAGGAAUCUCAAGUGGAGCUUUCCUGACAAGACUACUAAAAAACUGAGAGUUGAACUCCUACAGCAGCUGAACAUCUUUAACUCUGCAGCACUGACAGAGCCAAUGUUGGCUGAGCUGGUUCUCAGCAGACAAUAGAGAACUGAAGACUCCAGUAGUGACUGCAGAUCGAUCCAACAUGGAUUCUGUUGGGCCAUACUGGCCUCUGACCGCUGAAGGUUGUGAUACACAGGGCAAUGCUACGGGCAGGACAACCAAGGAAACGUCAGCAUAAGAGCACAAAUAAAUGAAAACAAAUUGAAAAGAAAAAUGACAUAAAGCAAAAAAAAGUAAUUUGUUAGUAACGCUCUGUGCUGAAUUCAAACAGCUGCAUAUUUUCAGUGAAAUGAAUGCUGCAUCAACUCAAAAUAGACUGUUGACCCCUUUUUUUCUGACCUCUUAAAGACGCUGUUUUUUUUCCAAGUAGGCUGAGCUAUAAAGACUUAAUUGCCAAGACCUCAUUGCACUAUAGAGGUGUAUGUUUGUGUGAGUGUGUAUGUUUAUGUGUGUAGAGAAGAGGUAAUGCCUGUGUAUGAUGUCAAUGUAUGCACUGCCCACUCCCACCCCUCCCUCACCCCCAGUCUUCCACUAUUAGCCAAUUAAGGACACCAUCACCCUGCCUGCCCUUGGUUAGGAUCUUUUGUUUUUAUUUUAUUUGUUAUCUAAAGAAAGAUGUAUUCUUUUAAUUUAAUUAUGUAAUUAUUUGCGCUCCAUUUUGUUGUGAUGUUUUUGUUAAACCUGUCAUAAUUUAAAUUGUAUUGUUUUUAUUUGGCAGAUAUUGUAUGUAUGUAAGUAAGUAUGUAUGCAUGUAUGUGUUAGGCACUUGAGACCAUUGUGACUGUGUUGUAUUUAAGAGAAAAGUUGUAUGUACAGAGCCUGUCAUUUUUAUUACUGGGGGAAAAAAUACAAUAUUUUUCCAAAAUAAAAAAAGAGUAAUGAAAUCUA